CAGUAAACGUUUCCGUAUGUUUACUUCCGGGGUUAUCUUUGACAGACAAAAAUAAUAGUCAAGAUUAUUUGGAGCGUUGAAAAUAAUUUACGCAAUAAUAUUUGCUUCACACGAAACAAUGUUUAAACAAUAAUUAUAAAGAAUGAAUGUGAAUAUGAUCUGAUAAAGUGAAUUCUGUCCGGAUUACCAUUAAUAAAUACAACAGCAGAGUAGAUUAAGAGCUGAGAUAACUGUAAUGUGUAAACAGCUUUUUUAAACUGUGUGUGGAAUACAUGACACACUUGAAACAUGUGAGUUUUUAGAUGGAGUCAUUGUAAGUGUUGUUGAUGAAAUAAUGGCAAAAGCAAGUUCUCCGCUGUCGCCAGGAUCACAGGUUAACACAUUUGUUGAUGACCCUACCAGUGAAGACGAAAGUGAAGACGAUAUUGAAAUGCCUGACUCCAGAUCUGUUGAACAUGCCAACAAUAUUCACACAUCAAAUAAACACUCUGCUAAUAAUCAGAGUGAAAAGCCAACCUCAAAUAAGGAACGGAGCCCAACAAAUCGUACUGACUCAGUUAAAGACACCAUACAAAAUGGAACAACUGUACCGCAGGCAGACAGAUAUGGAUUCAUUGGGGGGAAGGAAUUUACUGACCCAGAAGCGGAAAGAAGACUUCCAAUUGAAAUCUUGAGAAAGAGAGAGCUCAAAUGGCUGGACAUGUUUCAAAACUGGGAAAAAUGGAUGAGCAAACGAUUUAAAAAAGUGAAGGAGCGAUGCAGGAAAGGUAUACCACCCUCUGUGCGCAGUCGGGCGUGGCAGUUCCUGUGUGGAAGCAAGUAUGCCAUGGAGCACAACCCUGGCAAGUUUGAGGAGUAUUGUCGAGCAGCGGGGGACCAGAGGUGUAUAGAUGACAUUAAAAAGGAUCUUCAUCGACAGUUCCCCCUGCACGAGAUGUUUAUGGCAAGGGGAGGAUAUGGUCAGGAGGACCUGUACCGGAUCCUAAAGGCGUACACGGUACACAACCCGAUGGACGGUUACUGCCAGGCGCAGGCCCCCAUCGCUGCCGUGCUGCUGAUGCACAUGCCUGCUGAGGAGGCCUUCUGGUGCUUUGUAGCCAUCUGUGAAAAAUACAUACCUGGCUACUACAGUCCUGGACUGGAAGCUGUACAGAUAGAUGGUGAAGUUCUGUUUGGCUUGUUGAAACGAACAAAUCCUCUUAUUUAUAAGCAUUUGAAAAAGCAUAAAGUUGAGCCGAUAUUGUUUAUGACUGAGUGGUUUAUGUGUGUGUUCAGCCGAAAUCUUCCGUGGGCUUGCGUGCUUCGAGUCUGGGAUAUGUUCCUAUGCGAAGGUAUCAAGGUUGUGUUUCGUGUGGGUCUGGUACUGGUGCGUCUGUGCCUGGGGUCCUCAGAGAAACUGGCCGCCUGCCCAGGCAUGUACGAGACCCUAGAGAAGAUGAGGCAGCUGCCCACAGACUUGGACGAGAGCUUUAUCGUCAGGGAGUCUCUCCGCCUGAACCUCACUGAGCGUGAGAUGGAGAAAGAGCACCAGAAGCAAGUGCAGAGGAGGAAGGCAGCUAGGGAGAGACCACCGUCAGGCAAGGCCAAGAAAAAGUCAUAGUGCCUCAGAUCACUGCAGGACAAAGAUAAUACUAAAUAUUGAUGUGUCCUGAAAAUGAAAGGUGUCUUACAGUAUAGUCUGUCAGUGUUGGCCUUAGAUUCUGUAUGGCUUAUAUUAUGAAGUUAUUUGGAAAAUGUUUACUGAACAUUUAUCAGCUGGUUGUCUUCUUGCUGACGGGUCUGUGUAAGCUGAUGUUGCCCUGCACAGGCUGGUGGUAUUAAGUUUUAAGGUGCGUUUUCACAUUACGGAGCUUUUAUGGUGUGUGUAUGGUUUCGAUAUUGAAUUUAUACUGGUGCUUGUCAUUCAUGCACCCAACUUUACAAACAAUGCUUAACACACAUAGUUUAGGGUUUAUUUGAGAAAGAAUGAGUAGAAAAUGGCCAUUAGUGGUUAACAAACAGUGUAAGUCUAUUCUCAUGAUUCUAUGAUUAAUUUGAACAUCAUUAAAAGUUAUGGCAUGAAUAUUCAUUAAUUAUUUUAAACAUUAAAAUGCAAUGAUGUAUUAAAUAAUGAACUGUGUUUUUAAUCAGUAAUUAAAGCAAAUACACAUUGUUUGGGUGAACAUCAGUGUUGUGAAAGAAUGCAUGAAAAGUUACACAGAGCUGCUAAAACCAAAGACGAGUCAGACAAUUGAUAUCACAUUCUUUGGAAAAAACUGACUUACUGAAGUGAGAUGGCAUAGAAAUAAAAAAGCUGGAGACCAGUCUUAAUGUUGAUGUGCCAGUUGGCGACCUGGAUCACACUGUGAAGUCACAAGGUCACUACUGAUCUGCCAUGAUUAAAUAGACGUCUUUAAAGUACAUGCUGCCCAAAAAAAAAACACUGUGCAGACAUUCAUGACGUCAUUUACCAUUUCAUGAUAUUAAUGUAAAGAAAUGUGCAGAAAGUGUGUGUUCAUAAAUCUGAAUUACAAAUUAUGUUGACAAUAGUACAAUAUAAUAUAAUUCAGGUGAUAUAAUACCAAUGCUUAACAGUAGAAUACAAUAAAUGUUCAGAAUGUUUAAUGGAUGUAAAAGGUAUGAGAGAUAAAGUAAGACAUAGAAACAGUCAGUAUUUAUGCUAAAAGAAUUUCUAUAUCUCUUUAUUUCCCACAUGAUACCUCAGGUCUUGAAAAAAGCGGAACGUGUCGUCCCUGAUUAGUCUGUGUGGACUGCACAGGCUAAUCAGGGACGACACUUUACACACAUGAACUAAACCCCUUUUCACAGAAUGCGGCCCAUUUAUUUUAAUAGAAUAAAACCUUUUGAUUAUCACUAAUACUGGUUAGUACACAAAUAUUUUAAAUAUAUAUCUUUUACCCUUGCACAGGUGCAUAAUUUGUUUAUUUUCAUAAAUCUUUUUUAAUCUAAUAACCCAGUUAUGCUUGGACUUAAAUAUGUAUUGUUAAAGUACGUUCUCUGUUACAGCUGAUACUGUAGUAGGGUUAAUAAGAAUAUGUUGUGAGACCUGGUGUUGCCGAAUUACUUAACACUUCCUUCAAGUCUUUGGUAGUAUUUUGUAUGGAACAUAUCAACUCUAUUUCUCAUUGGAUUAUCUAUAUAGAAUGUUGGUCCCUUUGUAUUGCAAGUCAUGGGGUGAUAUAUACAGGAUUAUAUCCCUUGGUAUUGCAAGUUAUGGGAUUGCAAGUUGUAGGAUGAGUUUCAAAUUGUUUUUAUUGGUUGAUACAUGUAUGAUAAUGAAUAUGUCCCCUGGUAUUGCAAGUCAUAGAUGCAGUAUGUGGGAUAAUGUCCACAGCAGGGGUAGGGUAGUUUUCAAGAUAUGUUUACAGUGAAACCCAGUGAACACUCAAUAGUGUGUUUUGCCUAAUUUUCAUGAGACUGGCCUAGACCAUUUCUGUAUUGAUAUCUUAUCUGAGUUUGAAAAGGGUUCCAGACCGUUUUUUCCUUAUAUAACAAAAGUGAAAUGUUGUGAUUACUCUAGAGGUUAUAUUUUUUUGUUCAAUAUUCAUGAAACUUUUUCAGAACAUUUUUUCAAAUUAUGUCUGGAAUAAGUUUUAAAAUAUCCAUGCAAUAUUGUAUCCUAAACACAUCAUUAUUAAAAGUCUAAACUCUAUUUAAUCGUUGCUUAAGGUAAUUACAUAACUUUCCUUAAGCAACGAUUAAAUAGGGUUUAGACUUUUAAUACCGUACUGAUGGGUUAAGGAUACAAAAUUGAAUGCAUAUUUUUCUACCUUUAACCGGUCCAUCUUUAUGAUGAGAGAGCAAAUGUAAAAAUAUUAUUAUGUAUGAUUGCAACCUGUGCACAAAACUAAACUUAAUGAUAAGUAUAAAUGUAUGUACUCUAGGUAAUUGUAAACUUACCGAUAAUGGAUAUUUUAAUGCAUCAAGCACCAGCAUAGGUCAAUAUGUCAUAGGUAUGUGCUAGCAGUCAAUAAUUGUAUAUCAAUCUAUGCACUUAGUAUGUACUGUGGAAUUCGUUCAAAUGUAAUGUUCUGCAUUCAUAAAUGUGGUUUAUUUGUUUGAUCUUAAAAUCUUAGAAUAUAUUAUAAGGGAUGGUGUCAGAUUUUGAAUGUAAGUGUUCGUUGAACUUGAUCUUUUGUUGAGCUGACCCUCGAAAAUCCACAAUAAUGAGUGACAAACAUGAAAUAGGAGCAUAUAAAUGGAACUCAUCUAUUGCUAUAUCAUUAUUUAAUUGUUUUGUUCAUUACUUUUUUUUCAAGACAUUCCAGAUAUUAAACAAAUACAGAACAUGUUACACAAAUUGUAUUAUAUAGAUCACAGUUUUAAAAAUGCCUUAAAGGACGACAUUUUUAUUUGUAAACAUAAAUGAAUUAUAGAUUGUUUGUAAAUAUUUUGUUCUGUACCGUAGAAUUGCUGUUGUUUACAUUAUAAGUAAGCUGUUAAACAGUGUGUUAUGACACCCAGAAUUUUAGUAUAAUCAUAUUGUACAUUGUUGUUUUAGUUUGUAUGAUACAGUAGAACAAUACAAAAGCUUAGUAGAUGUCAAACUCUUAGGUUGUAAGCUUGCAUCUGAUAUAAAUCAUUUAAUCUCAUUUUAGGAACUCAAUUUUGUACAACCCUUAUUUUAACAUACAGAUACAUGUUUGUACUUCAAUUUAACAGUGCUUUGUCUUUUAAAAUAUAAAGGAUCUUUUUUAUUUUUAACUUAAUUAAUAUUUUGAAUAUGACUAGGUUAUUUUUUGUUUUUAAAGUAAGGAAUUUAUGAAUUGUUUGUUAAUACAGGUGUAUUUGCGUAAAAAACUUGUUUUUUACAAUGCCAAUUUAUUGAAAUUCUCUUUGCCAAAAUUAUGGAUAUUCAAACAUAAAGGAAGGAAAGGGCUUAACCCUUUACCACAAAACAUAUUAAAAAUCGUAUUAUUUAUAGUUUGUAAUUUGUAGGUAUUUUGUUUUGAUUGCUUAACCUAUGUUGUUUUGAGUGUCAUUUUUUUUUUACCACUUGACCACAGUGCCAGUGUGUUAUUAAACUAUUAUAUACAUGUAUAUGUAUGUAUAUCAUGUGUGAUGUGUGUUUUAUGUCAGUGAACAUCUCAUAGGGAAAGUGCAAUACUAUGGCCAUCAAUAUAGAGACUGCAAGCUAAUAGCAAAACUGUAUGCAGAUUGUAUGGUGCAAAGUAAGGCUUGCAAACUUGUGUUACACAGCAGUGCUGUUGUCAUUUUUUCCUUGACCCUUAAUACAUAGUGUAACUUGGUCCAGAUGUUGUUGUUAUUAAUUAAAAAACUAUCAUCCCUUCCUCUUACCCUUUCAAAACAAUGUGGGUAUAUUAUUGUGCACCUAUCAGUCUUUAUGUCAGUCAGAUAGAGAAGGCUGCAAAUAACAACUCCCAUUUAUGUUGAAGUUGAUAGGUUAAACAGCAUUGAGGUUUGUAACAUGAAAUUUGUUUUUCCUCGUAAAUUUAGAUAACCGUUGACAUACACUCUUCUAAAUAUGUAUGCUGGUUUCCUCGGAGGGUAGGAUGAUGCCUUUUGAUUUUGUCAACAGGUAAAAUAUCAUAUACAGGUGUUUGUAGGAUAAAACAAAUUUCUUGAAUGAAGUAUAGAAAACACUUUUGUUGUCCCCUACCGGUUUUAACGGAGGGGAUUAUGGUUUGCACUCAGUCUGUCACUCUGUCCAUCACACUUUUCUCUAUCCUGCGAUAACUUUAAAAGUUCUUAAUAUUUUUUCAUGAAACUUGAAACAUGGAUAGAUGGCAAUAUGGAUAUUAUGCACGUCAUUUCAUUUUGUUCCUACGUCAAAAAUUCUGGUUGCUAUGGCAACAAAUAUAAUUAAAAAAUUCUGACAAUGUUGGCAUUUCUGACAAUGGUGGAGCCGGUAGGGGACAAUAUUGCUUGGCAAUCUCUUGUUCAAGAUAAUCUUAUUUUCUAUUAUGGUUACUUGGGAGUAAAGGAAGAUGAUUUUGUCUUUUUUGAGAUUUUUUAGUCAAAGCAAAAGAUUUAACAUUGAAUGUGUCUCUGUGCUACAUCUAGUGAACACUUUUAUCCACAAUCACCCCAAUGGAAGGCAUCAGUCACACCUGGAGGUCAAUAAUAACUCACAGGUCUUUUAACAUUAAACAUGCUGUAUACAUAUACCAUAUUCGCUUCACAGGAUACGAGGAGGUCUUUGACCAUCAAUCAGCCAAAUUCUGGAUAUCUGUGACAACAAAAAUAGCCUCAUCGUUUUCAGGUCAAUCAGUCAAAGAGGAAGGACUUGUUAAAUGAAAAGAUUUCCAAACAAUAUCAAGAGGAAAAUUUAACCUAUGAAAAUAUAAAAUAGUAUGCUUGUAAACUUUAGGGAAGGAUGACCCCCAUUAAUUUUGAGAUCAAGAGAUAUGAAGGCGAAGUGAAAGAUAUAUGCACUAUUCAAGAUCUUAUUAAUUACUGAAAAUCAUUAGGACCUCUCUGAAAAUUAAGGUGGUGCAUGUUUUACAAACAUCUUUGUAUCACUAAGAUUUAUUUAUGUUGUUUAUUCAGCAUAAUAACUCGGCUAUAAAUCACCAUAUUUAUGUUAUAUUUUAAGUUGUUCAAUUUAAGAUUACAUGUUUUCUGUUAUUAUUUAUAUUUAUGCCCCCCUUCGAAGAAGAGGGGGUAUAUUGCUUUGCUCAUGUCAAUCAGUCUGUCGGUCCGUCCACCAGGUGGUUUCCGGAUGAUAACUCAAGAACGCUUGGGCCUAGGAUCAUGAAACUUCAUAGGUACAUUGGUCAUGUCUCGCAGAUGAUCCCUAUUUAUUUUGAGGUCACUAGGUCAAAGGUCAAGGUCACGGUGACCCGAAAUAGUAAAAUGGUUUCCGGAUGAUAACUCAAGAACGCUUAGGCCUAGGAUCAUGAAACUUGAUAGGUAGAUCGAUCAUGACUCGCAGAUGACCCCUAUUGAUAUUCAGGUCACUAGGUCAAAGGUCAAGCUCACAGUGACAUGAAAUAGUAAAAUGGUUUCCUGAUGAUAACUCAAGAACGCUUAUGCCUAGGAUCAUGAAACUUCGUAGGUAGAUUGAUAAUGGCUGGCAGAUGACCCCUAUUGAUUUUCAAGUCACUAGGUCAAAGGUCAAGGUCACGGUGACCCGAAAUAGUAAAAUGGUUUCCGGAUGAUAACUCAAGAGCGCUUAUGCCUAGGAUCAUGAAACUUCAUAGGUACAUUGAUCAUGAGUCGCAGAUGACCCCUAUCCAUUUUUAGGUCACUAGUUAUAAUUGGAAUCAAUCAAACUUCUUAUGAUUUUGUUCCAAUUUUUAACUCAUGCCCUUUUGAAACUGGUAUCCAAAACUUAGUAACAAAUUUGUUUAAGUAAUGGUUUUUUCACUAUAAAUUGUUAACUUUCAUAUUAAGAACAGGAUUCAGUUGCAGGAAAUAAAUUGCCAAACGCAAUAAAGCAAUCAAAAGACAUUAUAAAAAAGUAUGUUAAAGUAACCAAUGUCACUUAGCUUUUAUUGAUAUUCAGCGUUUACUGUAAACAUGUUUUAAACAUGUGAACACUGUUAUUGAAAACACAAUUGUGAUAAAGUUAAUAUUUGCUGUUGAAGUGAAUUUUUUUAGCUUAAAAUAAUGUUUUUUUCUGUUUGUUUUAAUCCAAUUAGGACAGGCAAUAUCUCUUAGUUUUCUGAAUUUGUGCUUGAUGUUCAAAUGAUUCAACUCUCAAAUAAAGAUUUAUAUGUAGGCAUCGUGAUUAUCUUAAUGAAAGUAUAUUAAGGUUAACUUGGGAACAUGGUCCCAGCGACCAAUGUUUUAGCAACUAAGUUUAAGGCUCUAGUUUCCAUGCUCCUUUGGGAAAACUUGAGAAAAUUAUUAUUUUUACUAUACUUACACAAGUCUGUGACUAUUUUGUAUUAUUUUACAUUGAAAUAUUUUAAACAGGUAAAUAUUGCUCAAAUGUUGAGUACUUUAUCCCUUUGUAAGCAGAAAGAAUUGGAAUCAACCAAGAAAAAGUAAGAAAUGUUCACGAAAGUUCCGCUUUUGUGAAUGAAGGCUCAGUGCUUUUGCUUGACAUCACAUCCCCCAGUAAACUCUAAAAGGGAAUAUCAGACCCCUUAGCUCAUAUGUUAAUACGACCUUAAAGUGUUUAAGGCACAAUAUUAUCAUUUACAUUGCUUGUCUUAAAACUGUUUGUCCUGCAUUGUUAAAGGAGGGCGGCGGAAAACUACAACGGGCGAGGCAUAGUAUGGUAUUACGCAAGGGGGGGUUAGAGGUUAAAGGUUAGGGUUUGGGUUAGUGUUAGGGGUCGGGUUAGGGUUUGGGUUAGCCUAAACCCAACCCUAACCCGACCCCUAACCCUAACCCUUACCCUUUUUUGGGGUUAUCACCCCUGACCAUGCCUCGCCCGUUGUAGUUUUCCGCCUCCCGUUAAAGAAUCUAAAUUUUGUUUAAAGAUAUACUAGUAAUACCCUGAAUUGUGUGCAAAUGUAUACUCCUUAAAUGUCUGAUGAAACAUUGCAAAUUUAUUUCACCUACUUAUUAUAUAUGAUUAAAUUGAAUAAAUAUAACUGUAUGA